AAUCAAACAUGUUUGUGUGUUCCUGCAGCUGAUGAAGAGGAGGAUGAAGAUGAUGAGGAGCUGCUGAGGAGGACGGGGAACUUCGUGGCGUCUUCAGACCGUCUGCCCAGCGGAGUCCUGAGAAUGAAGAAGUGUCUUCAUGCUAACAGCUCCCGUCCCUCAGAGGACAGACUGACCACCGUCCAGUUCCAUCCCUCCGCUCAGGUCGUCAUGACAGCCGGCCUCGACCAAUCGGUGUCUCUCUUCCAGGUGGACGGGAAGACAAACCCGAAGAUCCAGAGCAUCCACCUGGAGCGGUUCCCCGUCCACAGAGCCCAGUUCAGCCGGGACGGAGACACGGUGAUCGCCACCAGCCUGAAGAACAAGAUGUUCUACCUGUACGACAUGAUGGAGGGCCGGGUCACACCUGUGCACACCGUCAGAGGUCUGAAUGAAGCUCGAGUGAAGGAGUUCUCUGUGUGUCCUGAAGGAGGCGCUCUGCUGCUCACUGGAACCAACGGAUACCUGCACCUCCUUACACUCAAGACGAAGGAGGUGGUCCGCAGCAUGAAGAUAAACGGGGACAUCAUCGGCGUCGCCUUCUCUCACGACGGCAGCAAAGUGUUCGUCAACUCAGAGGACGGGGAGGUGUAUGUGUGGGACAUGCGCAGCAGUCGGUGUGUGAACAGGUUCACAGAUGAAGGCUGUGUGAAGGGGACGUCCAUCGCCUCCUCACCCAACGGACAGUACCUCGCCUGCGGGUAAGACACGCCCACACAAACCCGGAAAACAUGGCAGCUCCUGUCAUAUACGGUAGUCUAAUGCGCUUGCA